AUGGAGGACUACAAAUAUUUAUUCAAAGUUGUUUUGGUUGGAAAUGCGGGAGUUGGUAAGACGUGUCUGGUCCGGAAAUUUACACAGCUUUUGAGAUAUCAGUUUUGGAUUAUAACUUUUUUGUAUGAUUAUGAUAUUGAGCGGAUUGGGCCGGUGAAGUGUUCCUUUAUCACUUUUUUUAAGGGUAUUUUCCCGCCCGGUCAAAGUGCUACCAUUGGUGUUGAUUUUAUGAUCAAAACUGUAAAAGUUGGCGAUGAUAAAAUAAAGUUGCAAAUUUGGGAUACAGCCGGACAAGAGCGAUUCCGGUCUAUAACUCAAAGUUAUUAUCGUUCGGCACAUGCCAUUGUGUUAGUCUAUGAUGUUGCUUGCCAACCUAGUUUUGAUUGUCUUCCAGAAUGGCUCGGUGAAAUCGAACAGUAUGCUAAUCGGCGGGUUUUCAAGAUUCUUGUUGGGAACAAGGUAGACAAGGACGACGAAAGAGAAAUCCCAGAAAGAAUUGGCAAAAACUUUGCGGAUGCAAACGGUUUUGACUACUUUCUAGAAACUUCAGCUCUGGAUGCAACCAACGUUGAUUUGUUGUUCCAUGAAGUAGCUACUCGUCUAACUAACGACAUGAAGAAAUGUGAUGAUAGGUAUUCGAAUUAUAAAAGUGAUGGGAGGUCGGCAGGAAUCAGUCUCAUGGACCGCGUUACCAUGCAAGCAAAUUCUUGUUGUGCGCGUAACUAA